CAAGUUCCUUCCAGUGAAUCUCCAUCGUGGCUUCAUUACUAUCGCGUAUAUUCCGCUCCUCCACCACUGACAAGGAGAAGCGACCUCAACCCAAAGUUCGAUCAAAUCCAGCUCCUGUUACACGCACUCAAGAACAAGAACGACCCAAAAUGGCCAACGCCAACGUUACCCUCUACACCGACAAUACUCCUAACGGGGCUAAGCCUCCCAUUCUCCUCGAAGAGCUUGGCCUGCCCUACAAGCUAGAGCAUCUUUCCAUCCAGUCCGGCAAGCAGAAGGAGGAGUGGUUUUUGAAAAUCAACCCCAAUGGGCAGAUCCCCGCCAUUACCGACGGCACUCAGCGUGUGUUUGACAGUGGAGCUAUUCUGCUCUACCUGGUCGACAAGUACGACACAAACCGCCAGUUUAGCUAUGCCCCUGGAACUCCGGAGUACUACGAGCAGCUGAGCUGGAUCUCCUGGCAACUCGGCGGUCUUGGACCGAAAGCUGGCCAGGCACUUGCCUUUGCAGCUUUCGCCCCCGUGCGGUCCGACUACGCCAUUGAGAAGUUCCUGAACGAGGUCAAGAACCUCUUCGGGGUACUCGAGUACCGCCUCAAGGAGUCUGCGUAUCUCGCGGGUGACAAGUACACCAUCGCCGAUAUAAUAUCUUUCCCUUGGGUCUUUCAGGGUGCGGACGCGCUCGACCUGGAUCUGAACGAGUGGCCUCAUCUCAAGAAAUGGAACGACAAGAUUAUCCAGCGCCCUGCUGUGCAGAAGGGGCUCGCUACUCCUACUCCUCCAUUUACAGCUGAGCAGUUUAAGGGUUUCAUUCAGGGCCAGAAGGCCGCAGUGUUGGCCAAGGAAAACACUGAUAAGCAUUAGUAGUCAUUGAUAUGGGCUGGGGAUGGUAAAUAGAUAGCUG